AUGGUCUAUUUCGCUCUUCUUACGACAAGUGCCAUCGCUGCAACCUCGUUCUUGCCAGCUACCGCAGGCGUUCAACUUGGCAACGGUGGUGGCGCGAUGUGGGCAGAUAAUUGCAGAUUUGGCGGAAACUACUACAAGGCGCGGGAGGCCAUCCCACCCAGGUGUGGCAGUGCGUGUGCAGGCGACUCGGUAUGCACGCACUGGGUAUGGAACAACCUCAACGGUGGCACUUGCUGGCUCAUGAGCGGUGCUCGAUCUGCCAAGACGGAGAAGUUGGCCACAAGUUGUGGCUACGUGGUCUCGAGCAACGCGCAAGUCCAACAAAGAGCCCCAGGCCAAGCAGCAUCUGCAGGCCAAGCACUAUCUGCAGGUCAAGCAGCCCCUCCAGCCCAAGCAGCGCCUUCGGCUCUAGUUUCGCCCAACAGCGGCCUCACCGCUGCUGAAAUGAACGAGAUGCUUCGACGCAUCAAUACCUUUCGUGCGCAGAACGGUCUCGGUGCACUCACUAUUGACAGACAGUUGGUGGCAGCGUCCGCUUCACAAUCUCAAGACCAGGCGAGGCGAUACCAGAUGACGCACGCGAGCUCGAACGGUCAGUCAUUGGGUGGCCGCAUCAGUGCACAAGGCUACGAUUUUGCGGUGGUGACGGAGAAUGUGGCCGCCGGCCAGACGAGCGUGGAGUCUGUGAUGACGUCGUGGCAGAACUCGCCAGAUCACCGCGCGAACCUUUUGGAUCCCGACGUGAUCAACGUCGGGUUUGCCAAGGUCGUCAACAGGGGUUGCAAUGGCUAUAAGACGUACUGGACGCAGGACUUUGGUCGUCGUGAUUAG